GCGGGGACGCGUAUACGGCUGUAUGAUGUGUGCAACAGAUUUUUCUAUGUCGAGCCGAUUUUUGAUCUGCAGAAAAGAUUAUUUGAGAGAAGUAUGAUAACAGUGGAAAACGUAUGUUCGAGUAUUCCCGCUGGAAUAUUUCUGCGUUUCACCGAAACGUCGUAGAGGAAGAUACUUCGCGAGGUCAUUGUACUUUUCCAAGUUGUGCGACGAUGCAUGCAACAUGUUCCUCCACGAAUGAUGCUGAUCACCUUCCUCGUUCAGCGAUCGACCUCGAACUCGUGUUACAAUGUUGCAGCCGUCGAUGAAGCUUCGCGGAUCGCGCGAUUCUUAAUAUUAAGCCGAUCCGGACGAGUGUCCGUAGUUUAUUGGACUGCAUCAGCUGCGUAAUUAUUUUUCUCGCUCUCGGUGCUCCUCCGUGUUCGGAGGUGAAUCGCCGCAUUACAUUUGACGUGAACGUGCGAUAAACUAGAGCCGCAGGAUGAUAAUGGGCGAUCAGUUUCGCAAGGUGGAGCAGUAUUCGCCAAAGUCUUCGCCGAGGGGCGCACGUUCCCCGGUUGUGUCUCGUCAAGAUUCAACGGGAACGUUGAAGACAACUAUUUCUCUGGGAAAGAACCCUUCUAUCGUUCACAGUGGACCUUUUUACUUGAUGAAAGAACCUCCAGGGGAAAGUGAACUUACUGGAGCAACAAAUUUAAUGGCCUAUUAUGGUCUGGAACAUUCCUAUAGCAAAUUUAGUGGUAAAAAACUCAAAGAACAACUAUCAUCUUUUUUACCAAACUUACCCGGUAUUAUAGAUAAACCUGGACAUCAUGAUAAUAGCUCAUUAAGAUCAGUGAUUGAGAAACCUCCGAUAGGUGGAAAGGAGCUAUUACCUUUGACGAGUGUGCAACUUGCUGGUUUUCGAUUACAUCCUGGCCCAUUACCAGAACAGUAUAGAUAUGUUAAUCAAGCUCCUCAGAGAAAACACAAGAAUAAGCAUAAGAAACAUAAGCAUAAGCCCGGGGAAGUGCUCAGUGGACAAGAGGUUGCGACGACGGAUGUAGGUGGUUCCGAUACGCACGAGAAGAAACACAAGAAGCAGAAGAGACACGACGAAGAGAAGGAGGCUAGGAAAAAACGAAAGAAGGAGAAAAAAAGAAAAAAACAAAAACAUAGCCCCGAACAUACCGGUAGCCUCACACCGUCUCAGCAUUCGAAUUCGUGAUCUUUAAUCUGCCCCUUCCAAUUCAUGCCAAAUCUCUAAUCGAAAUCUCGAAGCGUCGAUCGUCUCUGCGACUAAGAUAUACAUAUGUGCAUAUCUAUUUUUUUUUAUUUAGAUGUAAUAGAUGUUGCUUGUUUUCAGUGUUAAGUGUGAUGAUAUGAAAGAAGAGAAAAUAUGACGAAAAUGUGCAAAUUAUAAAUAUAUAUAAUAUAAAAUUGAUAUAAAA